AGCCAUGAAAGUCGUACUCUGCCUCGCCGCUCUCGUGGUGGUCGUCUCCGCUCAGCGCCUGCCGGCAAGAGAGGACUUGGAGGCCGCAUGCGGGACCCUCGAGCGAAGGGAAUGUCUUUCCCGCGUGCGCCGCUGCCGCAACAUCCGCCGCGGCUCUGAAGACGCCCAGGCCAACAGAGACACCAUCCUCACAUGCGCCCGCGAGAACAACAUCAGGCCCCUCGAGAUCGCGGCCGCCAUGAGGGCCUCGGCCGGGAAGGAGGAGAUCUUCGACAAGCUGGACACGACCCAGGAAACCAUCGACAACUUGCGUAUCUGCGUGCUGCGUUCGAAGGGACUGGCUGACGAAAAUGGCAACAUAGACGGUGGACUGAUGAGCGCACAGAUCGAAGAGAAAUUGCGUGCUAACUUGGAAGGCUCUCCCGACGUCUUGGAAGUCAUGUUGAAUGCACUUGCAAGCUGCGCUCUUCCAGUCACUAUCUCGGAUGUCCCCGACUUCCGCAACUGCCUGUCAAGCAACUGCAUCCAGAACUACCCAUCCGGGAACUAGAACUUCCCAUCCGGGAACUAGAACUUCCCAUCCGGGAACUAGAACUUCCCAUCCGGGAACUAGAACUUCCCAUCCGGGAACUAGAACUUCCCAUCCGGGAACUAGGCGCCAAGGUCCUCGACUGAGCAGCAGGAGGCCUUGUCGCCUUUCGGCUUACCCUCCGUUUUCUUUCUCCUUUUCUUUAUCGGGACCUUUUCACUUCCUAUUUUCUUUCGUCAUUUUGAGUUCGAUUAUCUUUCGUUACGGCACUGUUUAAAAUAAAUUAUAAAUUUUAAAAA